CACCUAACGCGAAACCUCUACGUUUCUUCGUCUUCGCGACUUGUGAGAUUGUUGUAAUAAUCACAGUUUGGCAAAGACUUCCAUUAAGGAUUUUACGGGUGUGUUUGAUCGAUUCAGUCAUCUGGGUUUCUCUCUAUUUCUGAGAUGGAUCAAGCUUCGUCUUCUUCGAGUAUGAAGGAAGACACGAAAUCUUCCACUGAUCCUGUGACCGUCGAUGAUAACGAGGAGAGAGAAGCUAUAGAGAUUGCUCUGUUCCAAGUGCCUGAAUGCUAUGUUUAUUUGAUACCUCCAAGGAAAAGCGCAGCUUCCUACAGAGCAGAUGAGUGGGACGUGAACAAAUGGGCAUGGGAAGGAGCUUUGAAAGUGGUGAGCAAAGGAGAAGAAUGCAUUAUUAAACUUGUAGAUAAGACCACAGGGGAACUUUACGCUCAGGCUUUUCUACGAGAGGGCGAUCUUCAUCCAGUAGAAGCCGUAAUCGACAGUAGCAGAUAUUUUGUUCUCCGUGUUGAAGAAAAGAUAGAUGGUCGUGUUCGCCAUGCUUUUAUCGGGAUCGGUUUCCGGGAAAGAACAGAAGCAUAUGAUUUCCAAGCAGCACUCCAUGACCAUAUGAAGUAUUUGAACAAGAAGAAAACAGCAGAAGAAAUGGAACAACACUUUCAAAACACUUCUUCUGUCGAUUACAGCUUAAAGGAAGGAGAAACAAUUGUUCUCCAACUUAAAAAUAGAAGCGACAAGGAUACAAAGUCGAAAAUGGUAGAGAAGAGUCUGAGCAAUCUUUCCUUGGAGGAUAAAGGCAAGUCAACAGAAACCAUUCCUUCAAUCAUCCCGCCACCUCCACCUCCUGGACCGCUUUCCCCUGUCACAACUGCUCAGAAGUCCCCGUCAAGUCUACCACCAAGCCUCAGCCUCCAAAGAUCGCCUAAGCAACAAGAUUUAGAUACAAAGCGUGAAGAAGAAGGGAUAAAUGAAGACCAAGAAGGCAAACAUGGAGGCGUUGAAGAUGCACCAGAUGAUGACUUCGGAGAUUUCCAAGCUGCGGGUUAAACUUGUUAUCUUUUUAACAUACGCAAAGAAUCGUUUUAUAAGUAAUGUGGCUGAUCAAGUUUGGAUUGCUUGCUACUGAGAGAGGUCAUUUUCUGUAUAAUUGCAAAAGUCAAGUUUAUUUCUAUGAACUUGUGAUUAGAUAGAUAAACUCUUGAAAUUUUCA